GUGAAUAGUUGAAAUUAUUGAACCUAACUAAUUGAAAAGCCACAAUAAUUAUGAGCUUUACGGAAUAUUUAAAACAAAAAUUGAUCAACUUGCAAAUAUCUAGCAAUGAUCACAAAGUGUACACCGAUGAUGCAGAGGCCUUAAUAGAUCAUGUGGUUCAAGAACUAAAGAAAAAGGACUCUACUUUUAACGAUCUCUUCGACAGUUUUAACCUUUGCGGGAGUUACUUGGAUCAAGUCAAGCUGGAUCUUCCCGAUCAAUUUGAUCUGCAUAUGAAACUAAAAUUUCCUUUUAAAGUCACUCCUAUAGCAAAGGAUUCCGGAUAUGUCUCACUGUGUGCGGAAUAUAAAUAUAUAUCAAAGAAGGAAGACCUCCAAAGGGCAGCACUUCAGUACUGGCUGCACAGUGUCUUGAAGAAAGUGUUUCCUUCAGAUAUGAUAUUAAGAGUGGGCGGUAAAGAGUAUACCUUAAGCUAUCGGCCAGGAACAUUCUUAUGUGCCCACAAAAUCAAGGCUGUAUCAAACAAACGCAACUUAUCGAUUGACCUGUUUUCGACUUAUGAGUUUACGGGUUCCCAGUGGCCAUUCACCGAUCCACCCGUUCCUCAAAAUGUGCGCAAUGCGUAUCCCUGGCUUGCAAUCGAUAUGUUUGAUAUAUAUGAGGACGGUACGUCAUUCAUAGUCUCUGCCCCGCUGUGGGAGAACGCUUUGAUUAAGGACAACCAUAAGCUGAAGGAUGUUCUUCGCCUCAUGAAGGGAUUACGAGACGCAAACAGAACACAAUUGCCCGAACUUUCUAGCUACAUGAUGAAAACUGUCCUUUUGCAUCGGGCGGCGACUGUCGACUGGGGCAGGGACUUGGGCGAACUAUUAGUGGAGAUGUGGAGUCACUUGGUGGAACACCUUGACAACGGCAAACUCGAGUUCUUCUUGACAAAAAACGGUAACUUGUUGAGGCGCAUGCAGCCUUCAAACCGGAAGAUAUGCCUAGAUACAGCUAAGGUGCUUCUCAAAUCGCUUAGGGAAGCCAAACUUGCCAAUGAUAAAUUUGAUAACAUGUUCGCAUAACAAUAAAAACACUUUGAUAUUACCUCAA